AUGGCAGGGAAGAAGAAGAAUGGAAGGGGAGGUCAAGGUGACGGUGGUGUAAGUAGACUUUCACAAGGAAGUCUAGCGCCUGACGGCCCUGAUAGAAUCAAUAUCCCACUUACUACAGACCAAGCUUCUACCGGUUCUAGUAGAAGUCAAGCUCCUGCUGGCCUUGGUAGAAUGGACUUUCCACUCACCACAAGCCAGCGACAAGUUUCUGCCAGUCAUGGUAGAAGUCGAGCUCUUAACAAUCCUCUUCCUACAGACCAACGUUCUACCAAUCAAAGCGUGACAGAAUUUAGUCGUCCGAGUUCUGCUCGUUCUUCGAACCCUAGUCAACUACAAUUUGAUUUAGGAAACGGAACAGUUCGAACACUAUCCCGUGUCACUGAGAGUAGAAGCUCCCAAUCACGAGUUACUGCAGUGCCAAUCGGUCAAGGCCAAGCGGCCCCGGGCUCUCCUCAAUCACAAUCACAGCGCCAGCCACCUCUCGGAUCUGCGCAAUCAAUUCAAUCUGUAUUUGAAUCACAGAGACCAGCUGGAUUUCUUGAACGAACUCAAUCACAGACUCGGACACAAAGACCCGCUGGACCUAUUAACCGAACUCAAUCACAAGUUCAACUACCGCCUCAUUCUGGGCUACAAAGCCCUCCCAAAUUUCAACCAACUCUAACAACACCAUUUCAUUUGCAACAACAAGUUCAAGAUUCCCGGCGCUUUAAUCUCGGCCAACGACCUCAAUUUCAAGUACCACGUAGAGAAUCUUUCGGAACCAAUCCAGCAUUUGGAGGCAACCCACCAUCUAGCAUCAUGCCUACUAACAGACAAGGUCCACCUACAAUAUAUCCCCACGAAGCUGAAGCCAGAGCUCAACUUGAAAAUCCUCGUGGUCAAGCAGCCCAGUAUGUUGAUCCACGUCAGAACCCAGAAUGGCGCAAGGCAAAACAGGAUGAAGCAAUAGAAAAACUUCGUGGAAGAAUUGCUCGAGGAAAGGGUUUCCGUUCGCUUGUGCAACCGGGAAAUCCGAUGCCUAGUCUUAGAGAGCUUCAAUCGACAGGUGGGCAGGAUAGACGAGGUGUAGUAUCUCCUACGCCAUCACCACAACAGCAGCAAGCUCUCGUCGUCCCAUUUCCAGGAUUAGAAAGUCAACACGAUCAAGAAAUGGCUGUGUCUCAAUCAGGAAUUGGGAAUCUGGAUAUUGCAUCUCAAGAAUUUUUCAUUCAAGACUCAUGGGCCAAAUCACAACUUCGAAAAAUUGGUAACACAUGUCCUAGAGGAUGUCGAUGGUUUAGGAUCACGGGUGGUUAUCGAUGUGGUCAGGGUUUUCAUUGGGCUACUGAUCAGUCGAUUAGUGAGGGAAAGGGAGAAGUAAUUACUUCAUUGAGAGUUGUACCGAAAGGAUUUCCAAAUCAAGGUGAGAAAUUGAAGACCGGCUCUCGUUAUGAUUAG